CGUGACCUUUGAACCGAGAGCAGCGCGUGUGUGCUCGGAGCUGCGCUAUAAAAGAGCGCUCAGUCCGCACGAGAGCAACAGGUAACCAGGUGAAGCCUCCCACUCAACACACACCGACCACCGGACUGCUGCAGACAGUCAAUCAUGGCUCCAAGACCUCAAGUGGGGACCGAUCCGUCCCCGUCUCUCGAUGAUGACGGUCCGGCUAAAGACACGGCCAUCCUGCCGGCUUACUCCACCGUGGACCUGGUGAACGAGGAGCCGGAUGCAGAUCCCUGGGAUCUCCCAGAGCUCAAAGACACCGGGGUCAAGUGGUCAGAGCUGGAUACAAAAGGGAAGAUUAUCAGAGUGCUGACUGGUAUUUUGAAGGCCGUAACGCUGGUUGGACUCCUCUACCUGUUUAUCUGCUCGCUGGAUGUUCUCAGUUCUGCUUUCCAGCUAGUCGGAGGCAAAGCUGCUGGUGACAUCUUCCAGGAUAAUGUGAUAUUGUCCAACCCUGUGGCCGGGCUGGUGAUCGGGGUGUUAGUCACCGUGCUGGUGCAGAGCUCCAGCACCUCGUCCUCUAUUGUGGUCAGCAUGGUGUCCUCUGGAUUGCUGAAAGUCCAGUCUGCGGUGCCGAUCAUCAUGGGCGCCAACAUCGGAACAUCUGUCACCAACACUAUUGUGGCCAUGAUGCAGGCAGGAGACCGAAAUGAGUUCCGCAGGGCCUUCGCCGGCGCCACGGUGCAUGACUUCUUCAACUGGCUUUCCGUGCUGGUCCUUCUGCCCCUGGAAGUCGCCACGGGUGGUCUGUACAAACUCACCGGCCUCAUCAUCGAUUCCUUCAACAUCCAGACCGGAGAGGACGCCCCCGACCUGCUCAACGUCAUCACGGACCCUCUCACCAACUCCAUCAUCGAGCUGGACAAAUCUGUCAUCACUGGCAUCGCCACCGGUGACCCAGCAGCCAGGAACAAGAGUCUGAUCAAAAUAUGGUGCAAAAAGGAGGUCAACACGACUUUCUGGAACGAGACAGUGGACAGCUGUCCUGCUGGUGUCCUCUGCUGGGAGGAAGGAAACCUGAUCUGGGCCCAGUUGAACUCGUCGUGGACCGAUUACCAGGAUAAAUGCAAACACAUCUUCGUCAACGCUAAUCUGCCGGACCUGGCGGUGGGCCUCAUCCUGCUGGCUCUGGCUCUGCUCUGCCUCUGCACCUGCCUCAUCCUCAUCGUCAAGCUACUCAACUCCAUGCUGAAGGGGCAGGUCGCCGUGAUCAUCAAGAAGGUGCUCAACACAGACUUCCCCUUCCCCUUCGCUUGGGUUACUGGCUACAUUGCAAUUUUGGUGGGAGCGGGGAUGACCUUCAUCGUUCAGAGCAGCUCCGUGUUCACCUCGGCUAUCACUCCUCUUGUUGGUAUUGGUGUCAUUAGCCUGGAGAGAGCUUAUCCUCUGACACUGGGGUCAAAUAUUGGUACGACAACCACCGCUAUACUUGCUGCUAUGGCUAGCCCUGGAGAAACACUAGCCAACUCCCUGCAGAUUGCACUUUGCCAUUUCUUCUUCAACAUCAUGGGCAUCUUACUGUGGUACCCGAUCCCCUUCAUGCGGGUGCCCAUCAGGUUGGCCAGAGGGCUGGGGAACCAUACGGCUCAAUACCGCUGGUUUGCCGCGCUCUACCUCAUCCUGUGCUUCCUGCUUUUGCCUCUGGGCGUAUUCGGCCUGUCGCUGGCCGGAUGGCAGGUCCUGGUCGGCGUCGGCGUGCCCAUCGUCGUAUUGGCCAUCUUUGUGAUCAUCGUCAACGUGAUGCAGUCUUGCUGCGCCCGCUUCCUGCCCAAGUGCCUCCAGACCUGGGACUUUUUGCCCAAGCCCCUGCACUCCAUGGAGCCCUGGGAUCGCGUGGUGAUGUCAUGCUUCGGCUUCUGUCGCAGACGCUGCUGCUGCAAAUACUGCAAGUGCUGCAGAGAAGACGAGGACGAAAAGAUACGCAGGAACAGCAAGAAGAGUCUGGAGAUGUACGAUAACCCCGCCAUGACGAGGGACGAGGAGGCUGUUAAAGCAACACAACUUUAAUAUUAUUAUGAAGUUAAAUUUGUAUCUAUAGAGGCGAUAAUGCGGUAAUGUAUUUGUAACACACCUCUCAGGUCGUGGGAUGUCGAUGAUUCAUGCUGGAGAAUAUGAACAGAAGAGUUGAACCUGCUGUUUCUGGGCACGUCAUGUUUUCUUUUAUGUUUUCAAUUUAUAGUUGAGACUACUAUCUGCUAUGACUUAAAUAUGGGUGGUUCCGAAUGUUAUGACUUUGUUUUUAUAUUUUUUAUUGUAACGUGUGAGAGGUCGUCGGUUUUAUUUUCAACUUUGUAAAAUUUACAUGUCAAAUGUUUAAUGUAGCGUUGGAAAUAUUUUCAGUAUUUAAGACUAAAUAAUGUUUGUAAAUUAAAGAAAUUACUAUUUUUAAAGUG